CGGGCGCGCUUGACAAGAUGGUGGCAGCGAGGCAGUCAGGACGGAGUUACGGCGUUCCAGAGUUUCCAGGCUUCUAAGGCCGGCGCGGUCCUGUGUUGCCGGCCACGGGAGAUCCCAGGCAUGCGCUUGCUGCCGCCAGUCUCUCUGCUCUUGGGGUUUCUCCUUCUGCAGGGAGUCUUCAGUCCGCUCUGGGGGGACCUGGUUUUCAUCCCUCCUGUCAUCCGCAUGUCUGGCCCUGCGGUCAGCGCUUCCCUGCUCGGAGGCACCGAGGAUGUGACCGUGUCACUGACUCUGCUGCAGGACGAGAUGGGAUUAUUCCCAGUUCCCGAUUGUGGAAUGCUAAGCAAUGAGACUGGAAACUGGAGUUUGACUGUCACCCCCAGUAUGGUAAGACCAGAGAAUUCAUUGGAAGUGACAGUGAGGUUGAAGAGAGAUCUGCAGUUCUGUUCCUCUAAUGAGACAGCUUCUUUCUCAGAGUCCCCGUGUAUUGUUCAGACUCUUCUGGUUUCAGCCUCACAUAAUUCAUCCUGUUUAGCACAUCUACUCAUUCAAGCAGAAAUUUAUGCCAACUCCUCUCUGGCCCAUAAUGCAUCAGAGAACAUGACUGUCAUUCCUAAUCAGAUGUACCAGCCCCUUGGUCCCUGUCCUUGCAAUUUAACAGCCGGGGCCUGUGAUGUUCGCUGCUGCUGUGACCAGGAAUGCUCAUCAGAUUUAACAGCACUAUUCAGGGAGUCCUGUUUCCCCGGCAUCUUUGGAGGAGACGUGAAUCCUCCCUUUGAUCAGCUCUGCUCUGUUCAGAAGGUGCAUGGAGGCCCCGACUGGUUUCCAUUUCUGUGUGUGCAACUCGCCAACUCACCCUUCUUGGGGUACUUCUACCACGGUUCAGUUUCCCCGGGACAGCACGCUUCCUUUGAAGUGUAUUUGCAUACUGACCUAAAAGACUUUUCAGACUUUGGUUAUAAACAAGGAGAUCCAGUUAUGACUGUAGAUAAGGCAUAUUUUACUGUCCCUCAGAAGGGAGCUCAUAAAUCUGUCAGGAUUUCUCCUGGCCCUCAGGUGUCCUUAGCUGGGCAGUGCAUGCAGAACGCCCCAGUGGCAUUCCUUCAGAAUUUUGAUGUUCAAUGCGUGACUAAUCUGGAAAUAUUCCCAGAACAAGAUCGUAUCAUCAACGUGAAGAUAAAGAAUGGUGCAAUGGGAGGCAUAGUUACACCAAAAGUAAUCUAUGAAGAAGCAACUGACCUAGACAGAGUCAUCACAAAUGCAGAAACACUUUUGAGUAGUGGACCAGCCCCCAGGAACGUGAAUGUGGAAGAACAUUAUAUUUUCAGAUGGAAUAAUAAUACAAUCAGUGAAAUAGAUGUCAAAAUUAUUAGGGCAGAAAUUAAUGUCCACCAGAAAGGGAUCAUGACACAGAGAUUUUCAGUAAAAUUUUUAAGCUCUAACAGUGGUACUGAGAUGGAAUCAUCUGGAAAUCCAGUUUCCCUUAGGAGCCCCUGUGAUAAGCAGAUAAUGCUGAUCACUCCACAAGCAUUCAGGAACCGGCCUGCCCAGCUGCUUGUUGUUCUCCAAGGUUACCAACUUGGCAAGCCUAUUCGAGCUCUAAACACCAACAGGAAGAAUAAUGUCACAACUUUAUACCUUUGGCAAUCAGCUGGAAGGGGUUUAUGUACAUCAGCAACUCUCAAACCUAUUUUAUUUGGAGAAAAUGCGCUGUCUGGGUGCCUUUUACAAGUUGGAAUGAAUGAAAACUGUACUCAGCUCAGGGAGAAUGCUGUUGAACUCCUUGAUUCAUUAAUACAAGCAACUCAUGUUGCAAUGAGAGGCAACUCCCAUUACAACAAUCUCAACAAUGACUGGCUUGAAAUAAUACGUACAGAUGCCCCUGAUACAGGAGCAGACCCUACUGUCAGCAGCUCCAAUGGCGUCUGCCCAGAUGUUCCUGCUCAGCUGAGUAUCCGCAUCCUCUUCUCAGAUGCUGGUGCCGUGGAAGGGGUCACUCAGCAGGAGAUACUCGGUGUAGAGACAAGGUUCUCCUCGGUGACCUGGCAGUAUCAGUGUGGGCUGACUUGUGAGGAUGAGGCUGACCUUUUCCCCAUCAGUGCAUCAGUCCAGUUUAUUAAGAUACCUGCGCAGUUACCCCGUCCACUUACAAGAUUCCAGAUUAAUUUUACCGAGUAUGACUGUAACAGAAAUGAGGUGUGUUGGCCGCAACUUUUGUAUCCACUGACCCAGUAUUAUCAAGGGGAGCCUUAUUGUCAGUGUGUGGCCAAGAGUUUACUCCUGGUAUCCUUCAUCACAUUGGCUGUGUUCCUCAGUAACCCCUGGACCAGAAUAUGCAAAGCUUGGCAUCCAUCUACCAUCUGACUUCUUACAGAUCAUCUGUUUUUACUUCAGGGCUUUGCUGUCCUCCUGGGUACCUUUCUGUAAAAGCUUAAUAAAUGAAUUAUUUUAUUUUUAUAGAAAAGAUUA